CUUACAUUUUCUUUUAUUUUUAGUCUUAAAACAGAAGAUAUUGAAAAGAAACUUAAAGAUGCUGAACAAAGGGAGGAGGCUUUAAUCAAACGUAUCACAGAAAAAGACAAAACAAUAGCAAAAAUGACAGGUGUUAUUGAAGCCUAUGAAAAAGCCAUAGCUGAAUUAAUUGCCGAUAAAGAGCAAUUAACACAACACUAUGAAAAACAAUUGGCUGAAGUUAAGGCCGAUCGCGAUUCAAAUUAUCAUCAUUUAACAUCACUGGAAACAACAUUUUCCGAUUUGCAUGUAAAAUAUGAAAAGAGCAAAGAAAUGACCUGCCAAUUAAAAGAAAGCGAAGAAGCUUUACAAGCUGAAAAACGCAAGAAUUUAGAAAACCUACAUUUACAGGAACAACGAUAUGACAAAAUGAAAAAUCAUGCAAUGCAACAAUUGGAAAUCGCCAACAAAAAACUGGAAUCUCUAACACGAGAUCAUUCAAUAGAAAUAACAAAACUGAAAGCCUUACUUAAAAAAGAAGAAAUCGCCCGAUCAUCCAUACAUGAGCAAUUGGCUCAGAAGACUAAAGAAAACGCUGAACUCGUUAAGAUAUGUGAUGAACUCAUCUCGGGGCAAGGAAGUUAAAGAGAAGGAUCCAUUUUUGUUUGAUCCUGCUUUUCUUUAUGAAACCCAAUACAAAAUUGAAUGAUAUUUUUUCUUUUAUUUUUAUUUCUUUUUCUUAUUUUUUUUAAAUACUAAUUAUUUAUUUAAUGUUUUCUAAUUUGUAUUUUAGUUACCUAAAUAAGAAUGAUUAAAACAAAAGAAAUAAUGAAAGAAAAGAAAAAACCUGCAAAAACACACACUCAAUAAAAAAAGCGCACACACAAAAAAA